UUCUUUCCCAUUAUCUUUGGGGAAAUCGGGAGCUGUCAGCUUUUCCUGCAUUUGUGGUUUUAGGGGCAGAGUCUCAGGGUUUUCUCUGUGUAGGCAGCAGGAACCUUUGCAAAAUAUCCUUGGAUGCGGUCUCCUCUGUGCAGUGGCAUUAAUCACACUAAUGAUCAGGAAGAGCCUUUGUUUUGCCACAACAGCCCGAGAUGCCCUGUGGGCGGCUGUGGAAUUUCUUGGCAGCAGAAGUCAGGCUGCCUGGCGAGGGCAGGAACCCAAGUGAACAGGGAGUGACUCAAUAUAUUGCCGGGCCCUGCCACACGUUGUCGGUGUCUUCACCUGUGCUCUCGGUCUGACUGGCAGGUUGUUUGGCUGCCUCCAAACUAGGAUAUACACUGCAGGAUUCAGGAUCAGCUGUGGUUUGGCAGGAGGGUCUGAACUCCAAAGCAGGACGGAUGAAAGAAGAAGGGGAAACCCACGUAGCCAAGAUAUCAGGUACGGAGAGGAGAGUGAACAGGGAUGUCCAUCAUCCUCUCAGGUCUUAUCCAUCUCUUUCGGCCAUUGCUGUCCUCCCUCUCCGGUGCACUCGACUGCGAGGGCUUGAACCCAUGGUACUUCCUGCUGGGCCUCCGCAUCAUGGCCAUCUUCUUCGCCAACGGCCCCUGGGACAGGAUCAAAGACGACACCAGCUGCAGUAUCGUCGAGCCCGACCGCGACCUGUCGCGAGAGUUCUGCACAGCCCUGUGCUUCGACCAACAUUUCCCCGUCUCCAUCGGAGCGACGUGGGCGCUGGUAUUCAUCGCGUUGAUCCUUCUUGUAGGGCUCCUGCGGCUCACCACCCCCAAGGAGAAGAAGAAGAAGAAGAAGAAGAGAGAGAAAGAGGAUAGGGAUAGAAGGGAAGGCUUGUCCAUUGUUGCCACAGCAUCCCACACUGGCGCCCCUGACAUAUCCACAAUCUACAACGUUGGGCGCGGUGGUCUCACUAGGCACUAUGGCCACGAAUUCCACCACAAUCUCCACCCUGCCCACCAUCCUUACUAUACCCACUGGAAUGAUUGGCACGGGGGGCAUGCGGCCCCCAUGGCCGAGGGGUAUGGCCCCAGUGUGAGCUAUGGUCCAACAGACACUAGGCCGGACAAGAUGGCCGCACAUCAAGGCCACAUGCGGCAAACCACUGCGGCAUCCUAUUGCGGCGAAAAGGAGCAGUGCCACGUGGCCACCAAGAGCACCCCGGCCUCCCUUAGCGGCUCACCUUACAUAGGCAAAAUGCCCCCUCAGUGUUGGUCAGGGGACGAGCACAGAGAGCCCCUCCAUUGGAGAUAUACCGACCCUCAAGACUCGGGUGGUUUGGCUAAUGACGGGUAUGCAAUGGGCAUACCUAAAAGAUACAUCGGCCAAGGUAUUCGUGAAGGUGGCAAAUACAGCACGGCCACCAAAUGUAAGUCAGACACUGAAGGCAGCAUGGGCUACGUCCCCGCCCAUCCCAGGGUAGAAGAAAAAGCAAACAUGGCCAUCAAACGCAGGCCGGCUCAGGGGUGUAAGGUGCACGUCCAGCGCCAUGUAACCUUUGACGCCACAGGCAGGAGUGAUGGGGACUUUGGAAGCAAUGUGUGCAACCAGCCGUGGAUGGCUGGAGACUCCCACUGCAAGCCCGUUGGCCAGGCAAAGGUCAUGGCUGGACCAGGCACGGCUGCCAGGCCGAUGCUGUGUUACCAUGGAGACACGGCCUGCACAUGCACCGAGGCUGAGCCAUGUCACGCGACCCCGCCGGGUGAAGCUGCCCACCACGACGACCGACACAGAGAAUCUUCUUCUAGGCGGAAGAAGAGGCCCAGGAUCACUAACAUCUGUGGUGUCCCCCUCUUUGAUAUCUGGGUGGGACUUAUCCUUGCCUUGGAGAUCUCUUUCCUCUGUGUCAUCUUCAUCUUCCAGAUGCCCAGGCUUUUGGGUGCGUAUUGGAUAUGCACCCCGUCGAGUGCCAGGUGCCAGCAGAGGAUUGAGUGUGCUGUGAGGGGCAGGGCUGAGAAGCGGGUGGCGCUGUGGGGGCUGGUCUUCACCUCCGUCCUUUUCAUCAUCACCUGCGCCGGCUACUUCCACCUGCGGAUGUGCUGGAACGAGAGCUGCCAGAGAAUGUGCGGGGAGAAGGAAGAGGAAAGCCACGAAGAAGUGUGCUCGGAGGAGACGGAGGAGAAGGAGGAGGACGACAACAGCAGCAACAGACGGCCUGAAGUGGGGGUGUGAGAAGGGUGGCGAGAGGCCCAGACAACCACGUCAAGCCUCGGGUCACAGGCUCGCAUCAGAACUGAACGUUCCUCCAUACAAAAAGAAGUCCCCUCUCAGGAAAAAUCAAAAGGAGGAUUCUGGGAACUGUAGUUUGUUGAAGGUGCUAAGGGUUGUUGGGAGACCUGUAUUCCCACCCCAAAGCUACAAUUCCCAGAGUUCCCAAUGAAGAGGGAUUGGUUGUUAAUUUGCUGUUUAGGGAAGUUUUAAAUGUUUGAUGCUGUACUGUUUUUAAUAUUCGGUUGGAAGCCGCCCAGAGUGGCUGGGGAAACCCAGCCAGAUGGGCAGGGUAUAAAUAAUAAAUUAUUAUUAUUAUUAUAUUAUUAUUAUUAUUAUUAUUGCUCUGAAAAUUGCAGUGGGGGGGUUAUCAGCCGGAGCAUACGGGAGCGCAGUUCUGGCACCUCUCGCAUGGGCACCAUUGUAGGCCGGCGCUUCGCCUGCCCACUUCUGUUGUUGGAAAGAUCUUUGCAAAGUUUAGACUUUGCUUGAUUUUCUUGCGCUACUGGUAAAGAGUGCUAGCAAUGUAUUUAUUUUACUUCCUUUCCUUUUUUUUUUAAAUGUGCCAUUUCAGUGCAGUGCUUAUUUGUGACAGCUCACGCUGGUUCUGCGAAUGGGGAGUACCAAUUAGUCGAGAGAGAUUUUUGUGGUAGAUGAGAGUGCUAUAAAAUUAAAGGUUGUUAUAUGGGCCGGGUGAAUGCUAAUUUGGAUUGUCACACUGCUGUUUAUGAAGCAAGAUUAAAAAAUGGGGCGGGGGGGGGGGAGGAGAGAAUAAAGCAAGAUGCUUCCUGAGCCAUUUCCCCGCAGCAAGUUAGCUAUAAUGACUUCAAGAAAUCCCUUAAGAUCUGGAAUCAAAGGAAUGUAAUUUGGAUGAAGUUCAGAUGAAGGAGCAGAAUGAAUGCAUACACACAGAAGGAAGGAUAAUUUCAUUUCUUUUUAAACCACAGCACGCUCAUUAGUUUAAUUAGCCUCUAACCAACUUUGAGCAAAAGGGACGAGUUACAACUCCUUUGAAAGCACAGUCAAGAGGUAAGAAGUACAUACAACCGCCACCCUGAAACUGUGCCCCACCCCAGCCUGUAAUAAGAGCGGGCAAAUCAACCCCAGGGUUGAUUUAGGCCCCUAAUGCCUUCUCCUGUUUACCCAUACAGGUGAACAACCAGUUUCUAUUAAGGAGAGCCCAGGAGUCCUGGCAUAGGGAUCCUGCAAACUAACUGUAUGCAAGACAAAAACACCACGAGCAGAAAUUAGAGCAAUUCAUUCCCGCGUUCUGAACGCCGCCUUUGUUUUCUUUGAGAUGAAGAGCUUUCAUUAAAUCACUUUUGCACCUUCCUUGGCAAGAUUUGAAAGGUUCAAAUCGUCAGGAUAUGAAUGCUUAAAACCAUUGUUUGAUUGUAUUCAAUAUCAAUAAACUGAAUUUUAGUAUUAUACAAUAUAAAAAGAUGGGUCUA